AUAAGGAUUCACAGUUCCAGAUAAUUAAACAAGCUAGGACUACAGCUGGGAAAGAUGGUGAUUGUUAUAGCCAGAUAACUGGGGUGAGUAUAAAGAGGAAUUAGGAACCUGAAUGUACUCCCUAUUUAAAGAUAUGCAGUAUCCUUUUUGCAAAUGAUAUCCUUUUAAAAGUAUCACUCAAACUUCUGACUUUAUCUCAAUAACUGCCACUCUUAAAGUCUUGGUUUGGAAUUUUGAUUCAAUUUUAAGAAAUUUAAAUAUUAGUCUAUUAUAAAGAAAUUUAAGAUUAAUUAAUGAAAGAAAACUUUGAGCUUGAUUAUUAAAUUGUUUUCUAAAUUUUGUAUUUUUCCUCUCAGAUUUUUAUAGCUGAUAGCCAAAGGAAUUAGGCUUAUUAAAGCCAAUCUUAUAUUGUAUGAUUGUGUUUAACACCUAAAGUCUUAUGGUAGCACCUCAGCAUCAGAGUGAUUGGCUGAUUUCAGAGGGAGUCUGUCUUUCCCACUCAGUUCCAACCCCUUGACCAGUAACAAUGUCCAGGUGUCAUUCUCUGCAUCUGUGAAACUUCAGCUUUGGUACUACUGCAGCCCUCCGUAAUUUGUGGAUAAGUCACUUCGGAGCUCUUGUGUGAAUUCUUUUGCCUGAGAUGCUAGUGAGGUCUGGGGAGAGCUACUGUUUCUCAUGGUGCUGUGUGCCAGCUUUAACUCCUUUAGGAUAGCCUAGCCAACAUGAGCAUUCCUGUAAUAGUGGUGCUCUCAGUUCUCACCGGGAAGACUUGUUCUAAAUUGCUUUCUUUACAGUUACAGUUAUUUUGUUUCUUUGAGAAUAUUUGAGUCUCAAAACAGUUUUUCUUCUAUGCUUUAAUACAUCAUAUCAAGGUAUUGUAUUUAUUUAUUGUUCAUUCAUGAGCAGACGUUAGAAUGAUCUGUAACUAUUGGGGCACUGCUGUUUCUUUUUCCACUUGAUUUAGUUAAGCCAUCAUACCUCCUUUUUAGGAAAUUAAAUUGAGUUUAAAUUGUCUUCUCCUAGCCUUAGGAAGUUUAGAAUUUCUUCUUAAACAACAGCAAAAAAAAAAAAAAAAAAAAAAAAAAAAAGAGUCUCACUGUGCAGCUCAGCUUGUCUUUUAGUGUGUAGGCCUGGUUGUGAUCUUCCCAUCUCCUGAGAGCUGAGAUUACCAGUGUGUGCUGCCAUACUUGGCUUAAAUUAACAUUUUUCCAUUCCGUACUCUAGCCAUUGCAUUGCACAGAUGUCAUGAACUUUGAGCAUUGAACACCUACCCUAAGGUUUCAUAUGAUGAUUUUUUUUUUUACAUAUUCUUCACAGUCCCUUAAUUUGUUUUCAGAAAAACUAAAAAUGUACAGUGAUUAUUAAACAUAUUUUCAGCUUUUGUGAGAAAAAGCAUAUACACAAAAAUAAUUCCUACUUUGGUAAUAGAGGCUGUAUUUAAGAAGUCAUUAUUGCACGGAGGCUUUCUUAGCCUGUUCCUAUGGUGUAUACCUGUAGUCCUAGCUACUUAGGAAGCUGAGGCAGGAGGAUCCCUGGGACCCAAGAGUCUACAUUGCCUGGCAGUCAUGGCAACAUGUCCAGACCUCAUCCAAAGGGAAAGCAGGUUUUCUGAUGCUCGAGUUGUUUUUUGUGGUUAUUGCUGCCUAACCUAAUGGAGUCUGUCAUGACCUUGUUGGUUGGAGAGAAUACCAUUUACCUCACAUGUCUUUGUAUGUAAAAACUCGUUUGGGUUACUAUUGUAAGAGUGAGUCCACGUGCUUCACCCGUCAUUUACUUGUGCAUUAUUUUAUCUUAGGAAUGUAUUCUUCAGUGCCUGUUGAAGUUCCUCUGAAUCACAAACGAUCUGUUUGUGACCUCACACAAACGGAUCGCCUUGCCCUGUAUGAUUUUGUCAUUGAGGAGACAAAGAAAAAGCGCUCUGGUCCUCAAGUCAUUGAAAAUGACAGUGACCUGUUUGUAGACUUGGCUGCUAAAGUCAAUCAAGAUAAUAGCCGAAAAAGUCCAAAAUCUUACCUGGAAAUCCUGGCAGAAGUGAGAGAUUAUAAAAGAAGACGCCAGUCCUACAGAGCUAAGAAUGUUCACAUAACCAAGAAAUCAUACACUGAGGUGAUCCGGGAUGUGAUCAAGGUGCACAUGGAGGAGCUGAGCAGCCACUGGCAGGAAGAGCAGGGGAGAGCAGGAGACGCUGCUGAGAAGAAUGAAGAAAGGCGGUCAGCUUCAGUAGAUUCACGGCAGUCUGGUGGAAGUUAUUUGGAUGUUGAAAGUUCACGACAUAGAAGGGCUCGGAGUAGGAGCCCACACAAACGAAAAAGAAAUAAAGAUAAAAGUUCUGAGUCAAGAAGAAGAAAAGAGAGGGAUGGAGAAAGACAUCAUAGUCAUAAAAGAAGAAAGCAAAAAAUAUAAACAGACUGUAAAUGCAUUAAUUAUGCUUAUGAAAUAAAUACUGAUAUUUUAAUUAUAAUCUUUGCAUAGGGGAAAAUGGCUGUUAUGAUUGGGUAAUGCUUAUUAUUUUAAUAAAUGCUUCAAACCAUGAGUCAAAAUUGUACACUACACACUUAGAUUUUCCUUAUAUUUCAAUAGGGUCUUAUUACUAUUUGUUUCAUUCUUUUGGUCAUGUAUAUAAUCAGUUUUCUUUUUCACAAAUCAGUACUUGAGAUAGGUAAAUUACACAUGAAAACAUUCUCAUUGUAAAAAGUUAAAGAUGAGGUUAGAUUUCACCCUGGCAGUGACUGCUCUUUCUCACUUCAUUGGAGGGUUGUAUGUGACAGGGAAAGCACUCUUGAGUGACUUUCUGAAUGGGGAGUGUCCUGGCUAAGUAGACUAUGUGUAGGUAUUCAUAGACUAAAUUACUAUGUUUGCAUUCAAAGGAAAACCUUUAUCUAUGUUCACACGGUUAGAUCUUUAAAAUGUAAUGUUAAAGGGGAAUUGUGAGCGGUAGGUAUGUUUAAGUUAGCAGGUGUAUAUGUAUAUGAUUAUAUUUUCAAAGUUUCACUAGAAACCAUUCUAAAUUCCUAAUUAUAUUUGGGAAAGGAUUUUUUGGGGUACAUAACAGGGUUAGGGGGUUGGUCAAAGGAAACUUUGGUUCUGUAAGUAAUAUAUCAUGUUUUGUUUGAUAAUUAAAAUUGCUAGUAUUUUGUA